AUGGCUACCACUGCUGCUUCUCUGGGCUCCCAUGGAGUUGAGAACGCAAGCCCGCUCUUGGACACUUCAGUGCAGGCGCUCAGCUCCAGUUCUGCCAUCUUCUCCUUUGAGCCCCAUGUCAAAGCACCUUUUUAUGCCAUUCGGCGUCUGUUCGAUCAUCUUCGAGCCAAUCCUGAGAAUGCAUCAUCGCUGAAUGCUGCGUAUCCCAAGCGGGGCAUCUUCAAGACAGCUGCGAUGAACAAUGCCACUUCUGAUCAGAAGUUCACCAUUGAUCUGUCGCCAGCUCGUAACGGACGUAUUCCGGGAUCCUUGCGCGAGAAAUUGGCCGGGGAUGGAUUCAAUGACGUCCUGGACUUCUUUGAAGAGGUCAACAGCACCUAA